AUGCCUGAGCCAGCAAAGCCCGCGCCCAAGAAGGGCUCAAAGAAAGCCGUCACUAAGAGCGCCGCUAAGAGUGGAAAGAAGCGCAGGAGGUCCAGGAAGGAGAGCUACGCCAUCUACGUGUACAAAGUCCUGAAGCAGGUUCAUCCCGACACCGGCAUUUCUUCAAAGGCGAUGGGCAUCAUGAACUCUUUCGUCAACGACAUCUUUGAGCGCAUCGCCGGUGAGUCUUCUCGUCUCGCUCACUACAACAAGCGCUCCACCAUCACCUCGAGAGAGAUCCAGACCGCCGUACGUCUCCUGCUGCCCGGUGAACUCGCCAAACACGCCGUGUCUGAGGGAACAAAGGCCGUCACCAAAUACACGAGCUCCAAGUAA